GCGAGCGGCGCAGAAGGCCGGCAGACUCCGAGCAGCGCGCACCAACACGUGGGGCGACAAUGACCGACAGCAAUCAGCGUGCGGGCCAGAUGGACCCGCUCGAGCAGAUACCCAAGGAGGAGACCAUCCGGCUGCGCAAGCGGCACGUGGGGCAGUCGUGCAAGCUGUUCUACCGGGCGGACCCCCUCAAGAUUGUGCGCGCCGAGGGUCAGUACAUGUACGACGAGAAGGGCGGCCAGUACCUCGACUGCAUCAACAACGUGGCCCACGUGGGGCACUGCCACCCAGCGGUGGUGCGAGCAGCGUGCGACCAGCUGUCAUUGCUCAACACCAACAACCGCUUCCUGCACGACAGCCUGGUGCUGUGUGCCCAGAAACUCACCAGCCUACUGCCCGAGCCACUCCAGGUCUGCUUCCUUGUCAACUCGGGCUCCGAGGCCAACGACCUGGCACUGCGGCUCGCCCGUACCCACACUGGCAACCACGAUGUCAUCACUGUGGACCAUGCGUACCAUGGUCAUCUAUCCUCCCUGAUUGACAUCUCGCCGUACAAGUUCAAUAAGCCAGGAGGACAGGGGAAACCUGAAUGGGUACAUGUGGCUCCUUGCCCAGAUGUUUACAGAGGGAAAUACCGAGAUGUUGACUACCCUGGAGAAGACAUGGGAAAGAAGUACGCUGGAGACGUCAAGGAAAUCUGCAGGAAAAUCAGGGAUGAAGGUCGUUCAGUAUGUGCAUUCUUUAUUGAGAGUCUGAUUAGCUGUGGUGGGCAGAUAAUUCCACCACAAAACUACCUACGUGAAGCCUUCAGGCAUGUCCGUGAAGCUGGUGGUGUGUGCGUAGCAGAUGAGGUUCAAGUGGGUUUCGGCCGAGUGGGAAAGCACUGGUGGGGAUUCCAGUUGCAAGGUGACGAUGUUAUACCUGAUAUUGUUACUCUUGGCAAACCAAUGGGGAAUGGCCAUCCUGUGGCAGCAGUUGUUACAACCAGAGAAAUUGCUCAAAGUUUCCAGAACACUGGAAUUGAAUAUUUCAAUACUUACGGUGGCAAUCCAGUGUCAUGUGCAGUCGCCAAUGCAGUGAUGGAUGUUCUGGAGCGUGAGAACUUGCGCGAGCACGCAACCAGGGUGGGGAACCACCUGCUGAACCUGAUGCGGCAGCUGGCCAACAAGCAUCAUAUCAUUGGGGACGUGCGUGGCGUCGGCCUCUUUGUGGGAGUCGAGCUGGUCAGGGACCGCGAGACCAGGGAACCAGCCACAGCCGAGGCACAGCAUGUUAUAUCCAGGCUGAAAGAAGAAUGUGUGCUCCUAAGUGCAGAUGGUCCAGACAGAAAUGUGUUGAAGUUCAAGCCACCAAUGGUCUUCAGCCAGAAAAAUGCUGAUCAUGUGGCCAGAAUACUGGAUGAAGUUCUGAGUGAACUGAACGAUGAUGAAGAUAUGGUGGAGGAGAAUCGAUCUGUUUCUCCAGAAAUAAGAAAGAUACGUGAAGAUCCUUCUUACAACAGUUCCCCAAACGAGAAAAAAAUGAAGCUGGAUGGGGAGAAAGCAGAAAAUAUCAUCAAGACGUGAAGAGAGAGAAAUAUAUAUGCUGCUGAUGAUUGCUGUUGGUCAGAUUAUGUGAUAUGUUAUAUAAAGUAUAUGCUGCUGCAAUUCCAUGGUGCUAAUUAAAAUAAUUGACGUGCCACACAUUAACAAAUCUGCAUAUACUGUAAUGUUAACAAAAUGUAUUUUAUGUGUCGUUGCUUGUGUAAUCGUUUUACAAGAUUUUAUGUUUCUGCAUAUAUACUUAUUACCUCUUAAUGCUGUUUUCAGAAUGUGCUCCAUUUGAGAAGUGUGGCUGCAUCUAUAUUUUUGUAUCAACCCAUAAUUUCUGAAACAUCGUAAGAAACUUCAAUUUCAUCCCAGACUAUACCCAUAAAAUAUGGUGCUAAAAUUGAAGAUGUUAUUUAUAUCUGUGAUUCCAUUCUAUUGAGAACAUAUGUCCAGUUCCCCAUUAUUCAGAGAGAGUGAAAGAUGACUGACAGAUGUGUAUGGAUGAGAACAAAAUGUCCUGUAUAACUAGUUUUAUAGUUACUAUAACUGAACAUUAUUGAAUAAAGAGUGUUCUCAUAUCAAA